CCCAUCGGCCAUAACCAUUACUCCACGCCGCCCGCCAAUCGAAGUGAACAGAUUCAGAGCUGCUGCGCAAGGUCAGAACCCUUCCCUUAUCGGGUCAGUCUCCGCCGUCGACCUCCAUCUCCCUCCGUCUCCCUCCCGCGAUCUCCUCCAAGUCUCCGCUCCGACUGACUUGCCGCGCCGUGCCGGCAGCCGCAACAAGGUGAACAAUCAUUAAUUGAAAAUUCCAAUUCCAAAUUCCACCGAUCGGAAUUCCGCCAUGAAGUUAUCGUUCUCUCUGCCUUCCAAGUCCUCUUCUUCUUCCAAGCCAAAUCUAAAGGGGUUCCAGGACAAAACCCUAGAUCGCGAGGGUUUAGGGGAUUCGAAGGAGUACGUUCACGAAUUCGAUGCUUCCAAACCCUUGGCUGAAAGCAGGUCCAAAAAUUUGGUCAUUCCCACCCUCCAGAACGAAUGGCGGCCGCUGAAGAGGAUGAAGAAUCUCGAAGUUCCGCUUGGUCAGUCGGACGAGUCUGAUCUGAAGUUCGAGUCCGUCUCUGGAUUAGAUCCGCCCGAUGAUUCGAACAUGUCUUUCGGUCUCAAUGUUAGGCAUUCUGUUGAAGGUGUUAAGGGUCCGGAUGAGUUGAAAUCUGGGGAGGAGCCGCCGCGACCUGCUCCUUUAGAGGUCGUUAUGCUGGAAAAAUUUAAAGCGGAUUUGAAGAGGCUGCCCGAGGAUAGAGGGUUCGAGGACUUUGAGGAAGUUCCCGUGGAAAGCUUUGCUGCUGCUUUGAUGGAAGGCUAUGGCUGGCGUAAGGGUCGAGGAAUCGGGAGGAAUGCCAAAGAGGAUGUGAAAGUCGUGGAGUACAACAGAAGAACAGACAAGCAAGGGCUCGGGUUCGUCAGCAACGUGCCCGUUGGCCUUUCAAAAAAUGUGGAAGAGAAAGAAAAUGGGAGGGACAUUGAGAGAAACAAGGACGAAGGUAGAGUCAAGGAAAACAGAGAUCGAGAUCGAGAAAGAGAUGGACUAGCUAUUGGGAAACAUGUUAGGAUUGUUGGCGGAAGAGAUGCAGGUUUGAAAGGUAGAAUUGUGGAGAAAUUAGAUCUCGAUUGGCUUGUUCUGAAGCUUUCUAAAAGCGAAGAACAGACGAAAGUGAAAGUACGUGCAACUGAUGUUGCCGAAUUGGGUUCCAAAGAAGAGGAAAGGUUCUUAAAGAAACUGAAGGAAUUGAAAAUUCAGGAUGAAAACAAAGGACGGAGACGGAGAAGAGAAGAUGAACGAGUGGUGGAAAAGCGUGAAAGUAGACCAAGGGACGAAGAGAAGAAAAGCAGUAGAUUGUCGUGGCUCACGAGUCAUAUUCGCGUUAGAAUCAUCAGCAAAGAUUUUAAGGGAGGAAAGUUUUAUCUGAAAAAGGGGGAGAUAGUAGACGUAGUUGGACCCAGUAUCUGUGAUGUAUCCAUUGAUGGGAGUAGAGAGCUUGUCCAAGGGGUCUCUCAAGAUCUUCUCGAGACAGCACUUCCCAGACGUGGGGGACCUGUUCUUGUUCUGUAUGGUAAGCACAAAGGAGUUUAUGGGAGUCUAGUUGACAGGGAUCUUGACAAAGAGACCGGGGUUGUUCGGGAUGCGGAUAGCCACGAGUUACUCAACGUGCGCUUAGAACAGAUUGCCGAGUAUAUUGGUGAUCCAAGCUACUUGGGAUAUUGAUUCUUUAUGGCCGAGAUGGUGCUGGACCUGUUUUAAUGGUUACUAUGGUAUUUACCAGAGUUUAGGACGAAAGUAUUGUAGAUACUGCCUUGUGAAAUUAUCUGUACAAUUCCUUUGCACGAAUGAGUCGCGUAUGUGCCAGAGCGUAUAAGAAGAAAUCAUCGGAGUUCUCAGAGCGGAGUGGUGAUAAUUAUUCUCCCUUACCCUCAGUGUGCUCCUGAAUAGUGAAGAAUUGGUAAUUUUCACUUCACUUUGCAAAAAAAGGUUUUAACUUUUCACUUAAUACAAUCAUUUAAUGAAAGUGUCUGAAAUUUGCAUCCAUGUUUGGCUAUGGUCACAACCCAUCCAUCAUUGAUGAAACCUGUUGAGGAAUGGUAAUUUUUUCAAUGAUUCAGAAUCCUCACAUGGCGUCUCUCUUCUCCAAAGUUGGUGAUGGGCAAAUGUCAUUUGAGGCAUUUUUUUGUUCUGUCCUGCAAAAAUUUAUCCUUCAUCCCCAUAAGGAAUAUGAGGGAUUAGAUCGAGGACGAUGCUUAUGCUUACCAGGACGUGGUCGAUAGAGCUUUUGCAUGUGUUCCUUUUUCCAUCUGUUUAUAACCUCAUUGUGCCCAGUGCUUGGUUUGGCUUCUUUACUGUCAGACCAUCUUAGUAAGGAUACAAAUUAUAAUCGACUCAGUAUUAUUCGGUGAUGUAAUAUGCUGCCAAAAGCAAUUUGAGAGACUUGCAGACGUGCAUUUAAAUGCUACUAUUUGCGCAAUCAAUACCAAAGAAUUUUAUUA